AUGAAUGCUGCUGUUCGUGCUGUGGUGCGAAUGGGAAUCUAUGUAGGAGCCAAAGUGUAUUUUAUAUAUGAGGGUUACCAAGGUAUGGUAGAUGGAGGUUCUAAUAUUGUUGAAGCCUCAUGGGAAAGUGUCUCGAGCAUUCUCCAAAUGGGAGGAACAAUCAUUGGCAGUGCACGUUGCCAAGCGUUUCGUACUCGGGAAGGUCGCUUGAAAGCUGCCUGUAACUUGAUUCACCUGGGAAUUACAAAUCUGUGUGUAAUUGGUGGAGAUGGAAGCUUAACAGGGGCGAAUAUCUUCAGGAAGGAAUGGAGUGGACUGCUGGAAGAGUUGGCUCAAGAUGGCAAGAUUGAUUCAGAUGCCGUGAAGAAGUAUGCGUACCUCAACAUCGUGGGCAUGGUAGGCUCCAUUGACAAUGACUUCUGUGGGACAGACAUGACGAUUGGCACAGAUUCGGCUCUGCAUAGGAUUAUUGAAGUGGUUGAUGCUAUCAUGACCACGGCACAGAGCCACCAGAGGACCUUUGUUUUGGAGGUGAUGGGGAGACACUGUGGAUAUUUAGCCCUGGUUAGUGCCUUGGCCUGUGGUGCAGAUUGGGUGUUUCUUCCUGAAUCUCCCCCAGAAGAAGGCUGGGAGGAAAAUAUGUGCAUUAAACUAUCAGAGAAUCGUGCUCGAAAGAAAAGGCUGAAUAUUAUCAUUGUGGCUGAAGGAGCAAUUGAUUGCCAAAAUAAACCUAUUACUUCUGAGAAAAUCAAAGAUUUAGUAGUUAAACAACUGGGAUUUGACACUCGAGUGACAAUACUUGGACAUGUGCAAAGAGGAGGAACUCCAUCAGCUUUUGAUAGGAUUUUGGCCAGUCGAAUGGGGGUGGAGGCUGUAAUUGCCCUUCUAGAAGCAACCCCAGAGACCCCGGCUUGUGUGGUUUCCCUGAGUGGAAACCACGCCAUACGCCUGCCCCUGAUGGAAUGUGUGCAGAUGACCCAAGAUGUGCAAAAGGCAAUGGAUGAAAGAAGAUUUAAAGAUGCUGUUCAACUUCGAGGAAGGAGCUUUGAGAGCAACCUGAAUACCUAUAAGCGGCUUUGUAUCAAGCUUCCAGAUUCACAGAUUAGCAAUUGUAAUGUGGGUGUUAUAAAUGUGGGCGCCCCUGCAGCUGGGAUGAAUGCUGCCGUGCGUUCAGCUGUACGAGUGGGAAUAUCUGAUGGCCAUAGAAUGCUUGCUAUCUACGAUGGCUUUGAUGGAUUUUACAAAGGUCAGAUAAAAGAAAUCGGUUGGACAGAUGUUGGAGGUUGGACCGGCCAAGGAGGAUCGAUUCUUGGGACAAAACGUAUUCUACCUGGAAAGCAUUUGAAGGAGAUUGCUGCACAGAUGCGUGCUCAUAAUAUCAACGCUCUAUUGAUUAUUGGUGGAUUUGAGGCUUAUCAGGGUGCUCAGAUGAUAGCUGAGGCCAGAAACAGCCAUGAGGAGUUUUGCAUUCCUAUUUGCGUUCUGCCUGCUACUAUUAGCAACAAUGUGCCAGGCACAGAAGGAAGUAUUGGUGCUGAUACUGCCCUGAAUGUCAUUGCAGAGACAUGUGACCGCCUCAAACAGUCAGCCAGUGGGACCAAGCGUCGUGUGUUCAUCAUUGAGACCAUGGGUGGCUACUGUGGUUACCUGGCCAACAUGGGGGGCCUUGCAGCUGGAGCUGAUGCAGCUUAUAUUUUUGAAGAACCAUUUGAUAUCAGAGACCUGCAGUCCAACGUGGAGCACCUGACGGAGAAAAUGAAGACCACCAUUCAGAGGGGUCUUGUGCUCAGAAAUGAGAACUGCAAUGAAAAUUAUACCACUGAUUUCAUUUGCCAGCUUUAUUCAGAAGAAGGAAAAGGAGUAUUUGAUUGUAGAAAGAACGUGCUGGGUCACAUGCAGCAGGGUGGAGCACCUUCUCCAUUUGAUAGAAACUUUGGAACAAAAAUUUCUGCCAGAGCUAUGCAGUGGAUUACUACAAAACUAAAAGAACCUCAUGGAACAGGAAGAAAGUUUGUAACUGAUGACUCAGUCUGUGUGCUAGGAAUAAGCAAAAGAAACCUUAUUUUCCAACCAGUGGCAGAGCUAAAGAAGCACACGGAUUUCGAGCACAGAAUUCCCAAAGAACAGUGGUGGUUGAAACUGCGGCCUGUAAUGAAAAUUUUAGCUAAGUACAAAGCAAGUUAUGAUGUAUCUGAUUCAGGCCAGCUCGAGCACGUGCACUGCCGUCCCCAAGAGGAAUCUGUAGGGAUUUAA